CGGGUCCAGGUUGGCCCAUUGCUCCUGAGGGGAGGAGAGGCCGCGAGGCCGGAUGUGAGCGGAGCGGCCGCUUCCUGUUUCCCUGCAGUUCCGCUCGCCCGCCCGUCCGUCCGCCCCGCGCUUUGGGUGGUGGCCGUUCCUCCAGCGCCACCGUAACCAUUCCCCCCAGUUUACUGCCUCGUGAAAAAGCGGAGGCGGUCGGGAGUCUUUCCUCCUCCCUCCCCCCACGCUCGCACAAGCCCCGAAGUCUCGCGGGUUCUUCGUCGCCCACUUCAGAGAGCAACAGGGACCAGCGACGAAGCAGCCGCCCCGGCGAUGCAGGCCAUUAAGUGUGUGGUGGUGGGAGACGGUGCUGUAGGUAAGACAUGCCUACUCAUCAGUUAUACAACCAAUGCAUUUCCUGGAGAAUAUAUACCCACUGUCUUCGACAACUAUUCUGCCAAUGUGAUGGUUGAUGGGAAGCCAGUCAAUCUGGGUUUGUGGGAUACAGCUGGACAAGAGGACUAUGACAGACUACGCCCAUUGUCUUAUCCACAGACAGUUGAAGGAACGAAUGGUAAGGAUUUAACUCCCAGGGUGAAACGUCAACCGCUCUGCGAUGUGUUCUUAAUUUGCUUCUCCCUUGUGAGUCCUGCAUCCUUCGAAAAUGUCCGGGCAAAGUGGUAUCCAGAGGUGCGACACCAUUGCCCCAACACUCCCAUCAUACUAGUGGGAACCAAACUUGAUCUCAGAGAUGACAAAGACACUAUUGAAAAGCUGAAGGAGAAGAAACUGACUCCCAUCACCUACCCACAAGGCCUUGCCAUGGCAAAAGAGAUUGGUGCAGUAAAAUACCUAGAAUGCUCAGCACUUACACAGAGAGGCCUCAAGACAGUCUUUGAUGAAGCUAUUCGAGCAGUUCUGUGCCCCCCUCCUGUAAAGAAGAGGAAGAGAAAAUGUCUGCUACUCUAAUGUGGCCCUACCUCACCCCCCAGUUCAUUCCUUCGAACCUUCUGUGCUUUGUUUGGAACAAUGGAGCAUUCACAUCAAUGCCAAGUUCUUCUGUUUAAAAAAAUUAGUUCUCUUCUAUCAAAUUUGUUUUGAACCAUUUAUCAAUUUCUCUUUCCCCUUUGUUUAAAAGUUUAGAUUUCAUUUUUCUUCUACUAAAGAUGUCCUUAAAAAAGACAAACCUAUAUAAAAGCCUUAUUUUUUUCCAUGUCCUUUGGCUCAGAUUAAUCGAGUAUUGCCAAAUUACCUGCUAAUCUAUAUUGCAUUGUUGUGCUUUGUAUAUGGAGCACGCAAUCUGUUUUUGUAAAGUCAAGCAGGUGUCUUUAAAGAUACUAAUGUUUAUGAGGAAUUGCAAAUCCUUAUAGCCCUCGUCCCCAGAUUUCCUACCAGUAGGAAAAUGCUGCUGUUUAAUACACUCAUCCGGUUGACAGUCAUAGCAUCUUUUCUCACGCCUGAACUACUGCAAUAAUUGACUACAGAUUCCCUUUUCUAAAAUAAUAAAAAAUGCUUUUCUGCUUGUUAAGGACUGGAUUAAACCAUUUUCCUUGAAGUAUAUUGUCUUCCUUGACAGCAGUGUAUUGGUUUGAUUGCUGAAAGAGAUCUGGGUUGGUCAAGGGAAACUGCCUGGCAGUAUUUUGACACAUAAAUAUCAGUUUACACUACAUGGUCCACACGUUGGUUAAACUCAAAAGGAUUUUUUCAUUUUGUAAUAAAACCAGUAAAAUGAAAGUCUCUGUUGCAACUAAACCAGCCUUUCCCAACUAGUGGACCACCAGAUGUUGUUGGACCACAACUCCCAUCAGCCUCAGCCAGCAUUGCCAAUGGUCAGGAAAGAUGGGAAUUGUGGUCCAACAACAUCUGGUGGCCCACUAGUUGGGAAAGGCUGAACUAAACAGUAGCUGAAGGGGGAGGUUAGUGGAUUUUUUUAUGAAUCACUUGUUUGCAUUUACCAGUAUGGCAUUCAUUUUACUAUAGUUUUGAACUGGUCAUUCCCUCACAUGUUCUUGCUAGAUGCUUUUCUUGUAGACUUCCUCCUGAGCAAUAUGUAUUUUAAAAUGUGAUGCAUUUUUUGUAGAUUAGAAUAUCAAGCAUAGCUUUGUGGGUUUUUUCCUCCUGACCUAAUAGUAUACAUGCUUUUUGAAAGGCUCUCUUUAGUUUUCAGGUUAUUUGAUGUAAAAAUCAUGUGCAGCAGUUUUGCCACUUCUAGUAACUUUUUAUAUUUCACACCACCUUAAUGACCUUUCUUUAAUGUCACCAUUUGCCAGGUAUCAUUAUGCUGUAACUUUACUAACGCUGACAGUGCCCUUUUAAUCUCACUUCCUGGUGAGUGACCUAGUAAUGGUAAUUGGGUCUGUAAGAUUCUGUAACCUAGUGCUAACCAUGUUCCAUACAUCUCAGACGCUAGCAAGAACACAACAUUGAAUUGCCACCUUUCAACUACUAGAACAGAAAAAGAAAAAAAAAUGGAGUUUGCAAGGUUGUGAAGUUUUUACAUUGAUCUUUUUGGUAAUGCAAUUUAGCUAUGUUUUGCAUGUAUGACUUAAUAAAUUCUUGAAUCACUCUG